CGUUGGGGCUUCCGUAGUACGUCAGGGGGAACGUAGAAGUAGCGUAAUGUUAGCGUUUGAGUCCAGCCUAGUGAGUCAUGUAUUUGUGGUUAGAAGGUAAACAAGCCCAACUAUGACCAUGACGACUUGUGCCGAGUACCGCUCCAUCUUUGAUUUGAGCCCAAAUGAUGAGGCUUUGAUUGGACUGAGAGAAGUGAACCCUGUCCUGAAACAGGCUUUAAACACUGAUCCAACCUCACACGCCUUCUACACUGGGUUAGAAGACAAAUGCUCAGAGGAGGACCAACAGCGGGAGUGCAGCCUGGCUAGAGAGGUGUCAGACAAGUUGGUCUGCUCAGCCUGCAGAUGCCCCUUCAUUAAUCGUGAGGAGCAGAUGGAGCACUACAAGCUCGAUUGGCAUCGCUUCAACUUGAGACAAAAAAUGGCAGGAUUGCCUCCAGUCACAGCGGAGGAGUUUGAGAGAAAAACUGGAGCUGGAGACAUGUCAAGCAUCUCAGGCUCAGAUUCAGGGGAUGAAGACUCUGAUAGCGAUGGUGGAGCAAGUAGUAAUGUCAUUGUCACAGAUAAUGAAAGCACAUCUGAAACCAGUUUACUCACUGGUCGGCUGUCCAGCAAAGUGGUUUUCCAGAAUUCUGCAGGACAGUGGCUGUCAGUCUACCGCUGCAUUCUGCAGGGGAAGUCAAAUGAUGAGCUAGAUGCAGGCUCCUCCCUAAUGGCCAUAAGUAAAAAGACUGUGUGGGUCAUUCUCAUGACAGGCGGAGGCCACUUUGCUGGUGCUGUAUUCCAAGGAAAAGAAGUCCUUCAGCACAAGACUUUCCAUCGAUACACUGUGCGAGCAAAGCGAGGCACUGCUCAGGGACUCAGAGAUUCUCAGAACCGCAGUCACACACCAAAAUCUGCGGGAGCUGCUCUGAGGCGAUACAAUGAGGCAGCGCUAGUCAAGGACAUUCAGGAUCUUCUGGUAACCUGGGCUGAGUACUUGAUGGAGGCCUCUGGCGUAUUUGUACGGGCCCCUAGCUACAACAAGACCAUCUUUUUUGGUGGCCGGGCAGCUCCUCUUGACAAAAAAGAUCCCAGGAUCCGUACACUUCCCUUCGCCACACGCAGGGCAACAUUUCGAGAGGUACAGCGGGUACACAACGUGCUCUCCACUAUACAUGUUUACGGAGGAGACACAGACAUGUCUGCAGUUCUUAUUCCAUCUAAAAAGUCAUGGACAAAAACUGUCAAGCCUACAGCACAAAUAAACACUGAUCAAGAGAAAGCAGAAGAAAACCAUGACAGCUCAGAUGAGAAAGAGGAUGGAGAGAUCCAGCUGGAGAUGGUGGAGAUGACAUUAGGAACCCUGGACCUCAGAGAGUUUGAAAUCCAUUCCUCCAGACAUAGGAGAAGAAGGAGAAGGAAAAAGGAGGAUGGCAAAAUGCAAAACGAGGAUUUGAGUAACACAGAAGCAGACAAUCAAGAAGAGGUGGUGCUGGAGGUUGGACCAGCAGGAGAUGCCUCUAAAGAGAUGCAAUCAAAGAACAAGACGAGGAGGAAAGCACAGAGUAAAAAACAACUGAAUGAAACUGCUGAUGAGUCAUGGGAGUAUGGCCUCAGGGAUGCCCUCUUUACAGCCUGCAAGGUUGGGGAUGUGGACUCUCUACAUAGACUCCUUGAGCUACCUCAAGCAAUGGCAGAGAGCCAAGAGGGGUCUGAGACUAACCCUUCUGAUGCACCAAGUCCUCUGCCUCUGCUUAAUAACCCCAUAGAUGUGUCUGGGUUCACUUUGCUGCAUGUUGCAUCAGCAGCUGCACAAAAGGCAGUGGUCAGGCUGCUGCUGGACACAGGAGCAGAUCCAGCCUGCAGGGACAACAAAGGGCAGACCCCGUAUAUUGUUGCUCCUGACAAAGACACAAGGAAUGUCUUUCGUAAAUACAUGGGUGAGAAUCCUGACAAAUAUGACUACGUCAAGGCACAGGUCCCUGCGCCACUAACGGCAGAAAUUGAAUCCAAAAAGACAGAGAAGAAAAAGGCUCAAAAGGCACUGAGAAAACUGCGAGAAAAAGAACAGAAGGAAGAGAAGAGGAAACAAGAAUUGGAGGCAGAGGAAAAGAAAAAGUUUGCGUCUCUGACUGAUCGUGAAAAGAGAGCUUUGGCAGCAGAGAAAAGGUUUGCAGAGCAGGUCGCUGCAACAGGAGUCAGCCUCUCUAACAUCAAGAGGUGCUGGAUGUGUGGGGAGUCUCUGCUUGGUAAGAUCCCAUUUCACUACCUGGAGUAUUCCUUCUGUACCCCUCGCUGUGUCCAAGCACAUCGAAAAGCAAAUGUUCUUCCAGGCAAGUCCUAACACCUGUGUGGAAAACUGCAAUUGGA